AUGGCAGACUCAAUAGACCGUGUGUUUGUUCAUGCCCUGAAUACCGUCAAAAAGAUUCCCAAAACGGGCGCCGCCCGCCCACCUCCCGGCGACCGCAUGCGACUCUAUGGUCUCUACAAGCAAGCCAUGGAGGGCGAUGUCGAUGGGGUGAUGGAGCGACCUAGCGCUGCAACAGCUUACGGUGCUGCGCCCGAAGACCUUGCGCGCGAGCAGGAUAAGUGGGACGCGUGGAACUCGCAAAAGGGCCUAUCGCGCACCGAGGCCAAGCGGCGUUACGUUGAGGCGCUGAUCGAGACAAUGCAUCGAUAUGCCAACAACACGCCCAAUGCGCUCGAAUUGGUUGCCGAGCUCGAGUUUGUGUGGAACCAGGUCAAGAGUAAUAGCCCCAGCGAGCAGUCGCUUCCUGGAGGCGGGCUUCAGCAGCAGCAGCAACAGUAUAAUAAUGGAGGUAACGGAGGUAAUUACGGGUAUGGCAGUGUUGGUCCAUAUGGCCAAAGCCCAGGACCGGGCGUGAGAAGGUUCCAGCAUCCGCUGAGCGGGACGGAAGGGGGACUGAGAGUGUUGAGUCCCAUGAGUGAGGAGGACGAGUCGGAAAGGAGGAUGAGGGAGGAGGCGGAGCAGGAACUCUUUGGAGGCGAUGAGUUUCCGGGCGAGUACGCGAAGCGCAACGACAAACGAACCAAGAGGAUGGAGAGAGCGAUCGUGAGGCUGUCGGCUGAGAUCGCGGCGCUGAGAGAGCAAAUCUCGUCGGGAAGGGAGUGGAAGACGCGCAAGGAAAAGAGCUUCACCAACUGGCUUGGGUGGUGGUUCUGGGUGCUCGUGAAGCACUUUGUCAUUGACUUGUUUAUCCUGGUGGUGCUGCUGAUCUGGAUGCGCAAGAGAAAGGAUAGAAGGUUAGAGGAUUAUGUGAGAGGAACAUUGAAGCUGGCGAGGGAAUACGCAAGGAUGAUCUUGCCAUCCCGGUGA